AUGUAUCCCUACUAUUAUGUAGUGACGCAAAAAUCUGUUUUACUUUGAAGGCCAAGUCACAAUUUCCGUUUUUCUUUUGUUGUGUGCCACACGUCUUUGUUUCAUUACAGUACUUUUCACGCUUGUAUUCUUUCAUUUAAAUACGAGCUUCCAGAUGGAAUUCUGGGGCGCUUUGGCGCCGCCUUGUGGCAAAACGGACUAAGUUCACAUACCUCAUACACGCAGGCCUGACCAGUCAAUCCAGAUCCAUCCCCAAAAGUCGUCAUGUCUGCUGAAGAGGCUUCGCAGCCGUCUCCCGGGGAGCAAUGCCGGGCCCUGGUGCUCACCGGCUACGGGGGCUACGACAAAGUCAAACUGCAGGUGAAGCCGCUGGGACAACCCAAGCUGCAGCCCGACGAGGUUCUGGUGCGGGUCAAGGCAUGCGGGCUCAACUUUGCUGAGCUGAUGGGCAGGCAGGGGCUGUACGAUGCGCUGCCUCCCCCACCGGUCAUCCUUGGAAUGGAGGGCGCCGGGAUCAUCGAAGCGGUCGGAGAAGAGGUGAAGGAGCGAAAGGUUGGCGAGCGUGUGAUCGUGAUGAGACGCAACGGCAUGUGGCAGCAGUUUGUGGUGGUGGACAUCAAACACGUCUACCCCAUGCCAAAGUCCAUGAGCUUCGAGGAGGGCGCUGCGCUGCCCAUCAGCUACCUGACGGCGUACUUGAUGCUCUUCCGCAUGACCAACAUCACGCCGGGAAAGAGCGUACUGGUCCACAUGGCGGCAGGUGGCGUGGGCACCGCCGCCACCCAGCUGUGUCAGACGGUGCCUGACGUGACCGUUUUCGGCACGGCGUCCUCAUCUAAGCACGACAUCAUCACCCAGAAUGGCGUGACCCACGCCAUCGACUAUCGGACCAGAGACUAUGUGGAGGAAAUUCGCAAAAUUAGCCCCAAAGGAGUGGACAUUGUUUUGGAUCCACUGGGUGGUGCUGACACACAAAAGGGCUUCAGCCUGUUAAAACCUUUUGGCUCACUCGUUAUAUUUGGUGCCGCCAACUGCGUGACGGGCCAGAAGAAGAGCCUGAUGGCCCUGGUGAAGGUGUGGUACAACCAGCUGUCAUUCAACGCACUGAAGCUGAUGCAGACCAACAAGGCAGUGUGCGGCUUCCACCUGAGCUACCUGGACGACGAGAACAUCAGCGCGUGCAUGACCUCCCUGCUGCAGCUCUACGCCGAGGGCAAGUUCAAACCUAUCAUCGACUCCCGCUUCCACUUCGAGGAGGUCACAGAUGCAAUGCGGCGCAUGCACGAGCGUCAAAAUAUCGGCAAGGUCAUCCUUCUUCCUGAGCCCAAAACACAGAAUGACACAACGACAUCGAAAUGAUGUCAUUGAAGGGUUAAUACAAUUUCCCCACAAUGCUUUCUUUCCCCAUAGGUCAUAAUCAGACAUGUUUUAUGGUAAACUGUGGUCGAGUAUUAAUUAUUGAGGACUCAUUCGGACAUUCCUCAAGUAUCGCUUGAAUACCGUUAUGCUUACUAUACUUCCUAGUUUAUUAUUAUUCCGUUAUUUACUUCAACUGAGACUUGUCUCCCCCCAAGUAUAACUCACAUUCAUCUUUCAGUUUCAUAAUCCUGCUGUAUGUGUACUUUGGCGCGUUUUAAGUUUGAUCUUUGAUACGUUUAAACAGUCCCAAUAUUUUCCAAUGUAAUUUAAAUUACAUCUGGUACAGUUGAGAAUAAAUGACAAUUUUAUGUAACAAAUGUUAGCAUUCAUACUAUAAAUGUAUUUAGUCAGAAA